CGAACAGCAGUAGUGCAUCGUCGGCAGGCGGAUUAGUAGGUGCGCGAUCAUUUGUCGUUCCGAUGGCCCAGUCGCAGGUGACGGAGAACCGUGCGCUUCGGUGCAAACCGCGCCGCGGUGCAGCUGCAACGGCGACGACGACGGACAACAAUAACGGAUCGGCCGGCUCGAGCGGUUGCUUGAAAACGUCGGCGGUGGAUAUGAUGAAAAAAGGAGCCGGAGGAUCAUUGGCGAUCGUAGUCCCUCCCGAUGGUGGUUGGGGAUGGGUAGUCGUUUUCGCAGCAUUUUAUUGCAAUGUUGUUGUAGAUGGAAUAAUUUAUUCUUUCGGCAUGCUCUUAAAGGACAUGGUAGAUUCAUUCCACGAGUCAGAAUCAAAGAUCUCAAUUGUUGGAUCCCUGUUAAACGGAUUUUAUUUGAUUGCAGGCCCAUUCGUAAGUGCACUUCUAAAUAGUGUGGAUUUCCGAGCGGUCACUAUUAUUGGAAGCAUAAUAUCCUGCAUUGCAUUUGCAUGUGCAACUUACGUACAAUCUCUGUACCAACUUAUGUUCUGUUAUGGUAUUGUUGGUGGUGUCGGAUUCAGUAUGAUAUAUGUAUCUGCGGUAUUGAUACCAGGAUUUUAUUUUGAUAAAUGGAGAGCAUUAGCAACAGGUAUAGCGGUAUGUGGAUCCGGAAUAGGAACAUUUGUGCUUGCACCAUUGAACGCAUAUUUGGUUCAACAGGGUGGUUGGCGAAUUACCAUAGUGGUUCAAGCGGGUUUAGCAUUAAGUUGUGCUUUGGUCGGGAUACUUUUUCGACCAUUAAAACCUACCAUUGUUGAAGUGCCAAUUUCUAACAAUCCAGUUGUAAUGGAACCUAAAAUACCGGAAGAUGAGCCACUACUGACGAUAAACGCCGAGAGAAAAAUGUCAUUGGACAGUAAACAUAAUUCCUCUAAAAUCGGAGCUCCGACAGUCGAAGAAAUUUACAAUCAUUUGUCUGAUCGUUUGACGUCCGAACCUCAGAAAAUAAGUUUAUCUUGCCAUUCACUUAACACGCACCAUCAGUACCUGAAAGAUAAAUUAUCACCACCCGAAACACCGGAAAAGAAAUUAUCCGUAGUCAGUCUACGAAGACCAUCUCUAUCGGCUCACUUAAUGGAUAGAGAUGAUCGAUUUUUCGGAGGAAGCUUAUCUAGACUACCUCAGUAUUCCUCGCAGGUGAGCUCAUUGAACUACGCAAUGUCGGUAACGAGAAUACCAGCUUGGAAUGAAAUUGAAGAAGAAGGAGAAGACCCUUGCGCCAAGAACAACUCGUUCCGAAAAAACAUGAAAAAGUAUUAUAAAUCGGCCAUGCACACACUCACGACGAUGUUGGACUUUUCGAUUUUGUCCUCUCCGUCGUUUUUAGUACUAACGUGCAGCGGUUUUCUAACGCUACUCGGGUUUUUUGUCCCGUUUAUGUACAUCAGCGAAAAAGCGAUUAGCGAGGGUAUGGACAAAAACGUAGCUGUGUGGCUGGUAUCCACGACUGGCAUAACCAACACUUUAGGCAGAGUGAUUUGUGGUUGGAUAUCUAGUUACGAGUCGGUCGAUCCGAUUCUGGUAAAUAACGUGUCUCUUACGUUUGGAGGACUGUACACCAUUUUGUUGCCAAUUCUUCCAUAUUCGGUGUUUUCUUACUAUUUGUACGCGUCACUGUUUGGAUUUUCCAUGGCUUGUUUUGCGUCUUUAAGAUCGACUAUGAUCGUCGAGCUGACUGGGCUCGAACUCCUAACAAACGCUUUUGGUGUUUUGUUGAUGUUCCAAGGAGUAGCGGCCGCCAUCGGGGCUCCAUUGCUAGGAUUGUUUAAAGAUUUAACCGGUAACUACAAUAUGUCAUUCUAUUUAUCCGGAGUAAUACUGGUUACGUCGGCAGUCAUCUGCUAUCCUUUGAGAAGAGUCAAAAAAUGGGAAGAAGACAAAAAAUUACGACAACACAAUGUUUGAUUACAUUUGGAGAAAAAAUUAAAUCUAUUUUACCUGCCAUACUUUUUAUUUGUUAAUCACGACAAUAAUUUUUCUUCAAAUAUAAAAAUGUGUAUUAUACAUCCUCGAAUCAUUCUUUUUUUUUAAAGUAUUUCGAUGACGUAUAUUGUAA